UUCUAAUACUACACUGUUUCAUAGUUCCUUCAUAUUUUUGCUCAUCGUCGUCAUUCAUCAAACUCCAUCAAUGGGAAGCAUCAGAACUUUACAUUUACUCAAACCAAAUUUCACUAAAUAUGGCAUUUUCCCAUUACCACUGACUCUUCGAAGCUACGUUAUGAAAUCGAGUCUUCUAGAACCUCCUAAUGUUCCACGUUUAUCCGAAACUGCUCGAAUUUCACUCACACCACAAGAAAUUGAAGAAUUCGCUCCUAAAAUUCGACAAGUUAUAGAUUGGUUUGGACAACUUCAAAAUGUUGAUCUACAGAGUAUUAAGCCAGCAAUUAGAGCAGAUACUGAAGGAGAUAAUUUGCGUGGAGAUGUACCUGAAAAGUUUGAGAAUGUAGAAGCAUUGAUUUCUGCUGUUCCAGGUUUUCAGGAACCUUACAUUAAAGUUCCCAAAGUAUAUUGAGUAGACAGUGAUGUUGUUGUUUAUGUAAUUUUCAUUUUUAGGGUUUGGAUGGUUGUUUCCCGUCUCAUAUUGUAUUGUUUUCAGUGAUCAUGUUUGUUUCGUUGUUUUUAAAAUUAUAUUGUAAGGUGUUGUAAACAAGUUGCAACUCUUUGUUAUAUAAUCAUGAAAAAAUUC